AUGAGCGUUCCUAGCUUUACCGACUCGAAUUCGGACUGCAAAAUCCACUCUUUGCUCGAGCAACAUGGCCUCGAAUUCACAUCAGAUGAAAAGUCCAUUCGCUGGUCUGCUGGGAAUCCACGCCAUCCCCGGAACUGGCCGGUCUCUCGAAAGAUAUAUGACAGCACGGUGAUUAUGUUUCUGGAAAUGUUCACGUACAACUCCCCACUUCACCUUCUGGAUGGCACAGCAGGUAGUGCCGCUGCCAAUUACUCCCAGCAAGAAUUUGGUCUUAGCCGUAUAUUGGCCGUUUUCUCCUUUGUGUCAAUAUAUCUCAUUGGACAAGUCCUCGGCGGCAUCAUUCUUCCUCCCUAUUCCGAGGCCUUUGGUCGUAAGAAGCUAUACAUUGUCAGCACUGGUCUUUACAGCAUCUUUUGUGUCUUGGUGGGCGUGAUACCCUCCCUCGCCGGUCCCAUCAUUGGCCGUCUGAGCUCGGGAUUCCUGUCUGCCAUCCCGACCAUUGUCGUCGCUGGCAGCAUUGAGGACAUGUUCAAUUCGAAAGACCGUAUCUGGCUCAUCUUCUUAUGGGCAAUGGUUGCCAACAUCGGCAUGGUUCUGGGUCCCAUCAUGAGUAUAUAUAUCAUCGUUCACUUGAGCUGGAGAUGGGUUUUCUACGUUGCCGCUAUUGUCACCGGAGUGGUCGCACUUCUUCUCUGCGGUAUGCGCGAAUCGAGACCAUCGCUACUCCUCACCCGCGAAGUAGCCAAGCUCCGCGAGAUCACCGGUGACGACACGCUGCGCGCGCUGAACCCGGAUCACACGCCCGAUUUCCAGACCUUCGCCAAAGUCUGUCUCUUCCGUCCUGUACGCCUCUUCUUUACCGAGCCCAUUGUGUUCAUGGUAGCCACCAUGAGCGCCAUAGCCACCGCUCUCAUCUACCUGUUCACCGAGGCACUGCCCCCAGUCUACGAGUCCAUGGGAUUCACGUCUACCACAUCAUCCCUCCCCUUCCUCGCUUUCGUGAUCGGUCUUCUUCUGGGCCUCAUCACCCGAAUCUUCGACCACCGAAAGAUCUCCAAAGCGCACCGCGCAGGCAAGGCCUUGAAACCCGAGCACAAACUACUGGGCAUCUCGAUCGGCGCACCAACCCUUGCCAUCGGACUGUGGUGGUUUGCCUGGACCAUCCCCCCAAGGGUAUUUGGCAUCCCUUGGAUUGUAUCCGCGAUUGCGCUGGUGGGUAUUGGAAAUGCACUGAACGAAUUCGACGCCGUGCUGGCGGGGUAUCUCGCCGACAGCUACUUGGGGUACUCGGCAAGUGGGUUUGCCGCUUUGGCCCUGGUCCGGUCGACCCUAUCUGCGACCUUCCCUCUCUUCGCGCAGCAGAUGUUCGACGGGCUCGGUGCGAAUCUUGCGACGUCAGUGCUGGCGGUCUUGGCGACGGUAUUUUGUAUCGUGCCGCCGCUGUUUACUCACUAUGGGCCGCAAAUUCGGGCCAAAAGUAAGUUUGCUUGUUAUAGUUUGCAGGUGUAUGAGGAAAAUGGAGUCGAUCAGGAUGGGUUCUAG